UGAAUGGAAGGGGAUUUUCGGCCAUAUUAGAGGGCAAAAUGGAUGGGUGAUGUGUUGGGUAUUUUGGCUUGGCUAGUGAGGUGAAUAUUUGGUGGUUGGGGAGUGAUUCAUUCUGCCAUAGUGGGGGACAGUGGGGUGUGAGAAAUAUGGCUUUUAUAGGGUGGCUUUUAUGGUGGUUUAAAGGUCAAAGUAAUCAAAAAUAUCCCUUGGCUUGUUGUGCUUGUUAUUUCGGUUGUACUAGGGGACAAGGGGGGGACAAUGUUUGUGGGAUGUUGGGUGAUGAAAUAUGGUUGUUUGGCUUGGUGUGUUUCGGCCCUAGCUUAGGGAAAUGAAAAGGAAAUUGACUUAUGGUUUUUUCUUUUGGCACAAAACGUGUUAUUUUGAUGGAGUGAUUCAAGUAGGGAGUGGGGUAGUCUGGGCAGGGUAUACGGCUCUUUUUAGGAUGGAGAUAGGCUCAAGGUUGUCAGGGUUAAGUAAUAUGGUUUGGGGUUGGAGAAUUCAUUCCAGAAAGGAUCGUAACACUUAGACAUGAUUCCACUGAUUUGUUUAAGGAUUUGAGGAUCAGGUGUAGUACUAGGGGAUAUAACAUUUUCCUUUUUAAUAUGUUUGGUGAUUAAUCGUUUCUGUUUUUGCUCAAUGGACAGGUUGAAGUGGAAAUUGAUAACUCAUAUGAGCAUCUAACUCUUUCUGAGUUUACUGUUGAAGCUUCAAUAUAUGAAAAUGGAAACUUGUACAAUAAAGAUGGAGGUGUCAUUAGUGAUCUGCUUUCUGCAGAUGCAACUCAUUUGCAGUUCAUUUCUAAGUUCGACAAUUGUUUGGGAUUUAAAGCACAUUCACUAGUGGGAAAAUUACAAUCAACUAUGCUCUGGUCCGUUGAACAGUAAGAUACUACUAAAAUCUAGGCUUUUUCCCACACUAAAUAUUGUGAGUUCCUCAGUUGUUUGAAUUAUCUUCCUGUUAAGACCAUUGUGUGUGCUUGUUGAUCAUUUUUAAUUAUUUUUGGUUUACAGCCCAAUUUAUAUACUCUUGUUAUCACUAUUAAAGAUGCUUCAGGACAUGUGGUUGACUGUGAAUCAUGUCAAGUUGGCAUUCGACAAAUAUCAAAAGCCCCAAAACAGCUCCUUGUAAAUGGGCAGCCAGUAGUUAUAAGAGGAGUAAACAGGCAUGAACACCAUCAAAGAAUUGGAAAGACUAACUUGGAAUCCUGUAUGGUUAAGGUAACAAAUUGCACCUAUGAUGGAUCGUGUUGUGGGCAUGGUGGAGAGGGAUAAGAAUCAUGUUUGCAUUAUUGCAUGGUCCCUUGGGAACGAAUCAAGCUAUGGACCUAAUCAUGCUGCAAUGGCUGGAUGGGUACGAGAAAAGGAUCCAUCAAGAUUAGUACACUAUGAAGGUGGUGGGUCCAGGACGUCAUCCACAGACAUUGUCUGCCCAAUGUAUGCUCGUGUCUCGAAUAUAGUUGAGAUAGCCAACGAUCCAACUGAGUACCGCCCAGUAAUACUAUGCGAAUAUUCACAUGCAAUGGGUAACAGCAAUGGGAAUCUCCAUGAAUACUGGGAAGCUAUUGAUAGUACAUUUGGUCUUCAAGGAGGCUUUAUUUGGGAUUGGGUUGAUCAGGCAAUGUUGAAGGAAGGCUCUAAUGGUAGUAAGCACUGGGCAUAUGGAGGGGAUUUUGGGGACAUACCUAAUGAUUUGAACUUUUGCUUGAAUGGUGUUGUAUUUCCAGACCGAAGUCCUCACCCCGCGCUCCAAGAGGUUAAGUUUGUCUACCGGCAAAUAAAGGUCGUAUCUGAUAACAAUGGAAGUUUUGAGAUUCAAAAUGGUAAUUUUUUAUUACCACAAAAGACUUGGAGUUUGAAUGGUUACUUCACGGUGACGGGUGUGAGCUAGGUUCAGGUACACUUGAUGUUCCUCCCAUUGUGCCUCAGGGUACCCAUAGAAUCCAAUGGGAGAACGGACCGUGGCAUUCACUUUGGUCUUCAUCCAGAGCUUCAGAGGUUUUGUUGACAAUUACUGCAAAGAUGCUGCACUUUACUCGGUGGGUUGAUUCCGGUCACCUCAUUUCUUCUACACAAAUCCUCUUACUUGCCAAACUUGAACCCCUUCCUCAUGUAAUUAGAAGCAUGGAGUCUAGUCUACCUGUUCACAACCUUGACGAAACAAUAAAGCUUGGCCAGGAUGGCUCGUGGGAGAUUACCUUUAACAAAAAAUCGAGUGCAAUUGAGUGCUGGAAGUUGAGGGCAUUUCGGUUAUGCAUAGUGGAAUGAUUCCAUGCUUUUGGAGAGCGCCUACCGAUAAUGACAAAGGAGGAGAGCAAAAUAGUUAUUUAGCAAGGUGGAAGGCAGCAAAUCUUCACUGUCUGCAAUUUCAAGUUGAGAACUUGGUUGAAAGUGAAACUGGGAGUGUGGCAAAAAUUCGAAUUACAUACAUUGGGAUUCCAUCCAGUGGUGAUCCAAAUGCUAUUAUAUCUGCAUCGGCAGGUUAUUUGUUCAGGGUUCACAUGAUUUACUCAAUAUAUGGUUCUGGAGAUGUUUUCCUGGAAUGCCAUGUAGAAGUCCUUGGACCAGAUUACCUGGUUUGGUAGAGGGCCAUUCGAAUGCUACCCAGACCGUAAAUCUGCUGCCCAGGUGGGGAUUUACGAACAAAAUGUCGGGGAUAUGCAUGUGCCUUAUAUUGUUCCCGGGGAAUGCUGGGCAGUGCAGAUGUGAGAUGGGUAACCUUUAAAAGAAAGGACGGCGUGGGGAUCUAUGCUUCUGUUUAUGGAGGCUCUCCUCCAAUGCAGAUGAAUGCUAGUUACUAUACCACUGCAGAACUUGACCGUGCCACUCGUCACGAGGAUCUUGUUAAAAGUGACUUCAUCGAGGUGCACCUGGACCAUAAGCACAUGGGAUUUGGAGGGGAUGAUAGCUGGUCACCUUGUGUUCAUGAUCAGUAUCUUCUUCCUCCUUCCUCCUGUUCCAUACUCUUUCUGCCUCAGGUUUCACCCAAUCACUGCUACAAUUUCUGACAGUGAUGUCUACAGCGAUCACAGCUCUAAAGCCAUUUUGUUCCAAUAGAUUCCAUGGAUGAACUUGUUUUCAAGACUAGAACAUGGAAUGUAAUGAAUAAUGAUAAUAAUUUGUUUUAUAAUGAAAAAUAGAAGAGAAAUGCAUGUUCUUAUAAUAAAUUAUUGCUGACAUGUUCAUGUACUUGUAAAGUCUUGUUCUAGUAUAUGCAUUCUCUCUAUCAUGACCAGAAGAUAAAUUGAUACUCCCUUCAUCACAACAAAAGUUUCUGGUUUUG